AUGUCCGAAGGCUCAUUACCGAUCUCGAAUGUUCACCUUUAUCACAUGCCGCCCCGUGAACCAGAAACGCUGCUGAUUCAUGCCGGCGAAGAUGAAAAGGAAUCAUCUGCUGGAUCGUUGCUUUGGGAGCUUCCCUGUUGCGAAUUCGAUGGCAUAUGGGAAAAUUUGAUUUUCAAUGACUGCAUUAAAAACGAGGUCUGUUAA